GUAUUAUAAUCGCAAUUAAGCAUUCCAAACUAAACUAAGCCAACACUUAGCCAUGGGCGGCGCCCUGCGGAGCUUCCUCCUCUCCUACCCGGAGUUCCUCCUCGCCGCCGCGUGCUUCCUCGCCUUCUCGGCCAUCCGCCGCGCGCGCUCCGCCCGGCGGCGCGCCGAGGCGGCGCCGGUGAGCUGGCCGGUGGUCGGCAUGCUGCCGUUCGUUGUCAGCAACGCCGGCCACAUCCUCGACGCCGCCGCCGGCGCGCUCCGCGAGCUCGGCGGCACGUUCAUGUUCCGCGGCCCGUGGCUCGUCGGCGCCGACUUCCUCGUCACCUGCGACCCGGCCGUCCUCCACCACUGCCUCGUCGCUAACUUCGGCAACUACGACAAGGGCCGCGACUUCGCCGAGAUGUUCGACGUCGUCGGCGACGGGCUGCUGGUGGCGGACGCGGCGGCGUGGCCGCCGCAGCGGCAGACCGCCGCGACCGUCUUCACCUCCGCCGCGUUCCGGUCCUACGUGGUGUCCACCGUCGAGAGGCAGGCGCGGCGGCUGCUGGUGCCGUUCCUCGACCACCACGCCGCCGGGGCGGCAGGGCGGUGCGUCGUCGAGCUCGAGGACGUGUUCAUGCGGUUCUCGCUCGACGUGUCGUACGCCGUCGCGUUCGCCGCCGACCUCGACUCGCUGUCGCUCGCCAACGCCGCCGCGCCGUACCCGCCGUUCGGCGAGGCGACGAGGGUCACCGGCGAGGCCGUUCUGUUCCGGCACAUCGCGCCGACGGGGCUGUGGAAGCUAAUGAGGUGGCUCAACGUCGGCGUCGAGAGGAGGAUGGCCGAGUCCAGAGCGGUGCUCGACGAGGUCGUCUACCGCGAGAUCGCCAGCCGGAAGUCGCGCCCGCUCGCCGUCGCCGGAGACGACCUGCUGUCCAUGUACAUGGCAUCGCCCAGCGACCCCGCCAUGACUGACGAGCAGAAGGACCGUUCGCUCCGGGACACCGCCGUCGGCUUCAUGUUCGCGGCCAAGGACCUCAUCGCCGCGGCGCUCGCCUGGCUCUUCUACAUGAUCUGCACGCACCCGCACGUCGAGGCCAAGAUCCUCGACGAGCUCAAGUCCCUGCGCCCCACCGCCGCCGACGACGACGGCGCACCCGUCGUGUUCGACAGCGACACGCUACGGUCGGCUACAUACCUGCACGCGGCGGUGCUCGAGACGCUGCGGCUGUUCCCGUCGGCGCCGUUCGAGGAGAAGGAGGCGGCCGGCGACGACGUGCUGCCGGGCGGCACGACGGUGGCCAAGGGCACCCGGGUGGUGUUCUGCCUCUACGCCAUGGGGAGGAUCGAGGGUAUAUGGGGCGGCGACUGCCGGGAGUUCCGGCCGGAGCGGUGGCUGACCGCCGGCGGGAAGGUCCGGCACGAGCCGAGCUACAAGUUCGCGGCGUUCAACGCCGGCCCGAGGAGUUGCCUCGGCAAGGACCUCGGGCUCAGCAACAUCAAGAUCGCCGCGGCGGCGGUGGUUUACAACUUCAGGGUGGAGCUCGUCGGCGGCCAUGUCGUGGAGCCCAAGGACUCGGUGGUGCUCCACACCAAGAACGGCCUCUUGGUUAGGGUCAAGAGGAGAGAAGCAGCUUGAGUGUGUUCUAACCAUGUUUUUUUAUAUAACGAUAUUAACUUCUAUAUUUAUGUUUAACAAUUCAUCUUAUUAAAAAAAUAUUUAAA